AUGUUGCAAUAUUUCAAAAAGUUAUCAUAACAAAUGAUUAUAUAUAUUGAACCCAAAUUAUUGAGUUUCUUAUUAAUAAAAAUUUGGCUGUUAGUCAUGCAAUAAUUCUAAGUCUCUAAAAAUAAACCAAUCGCUAAUCCAACCCAAUUAUACAAUCAAUUCUAAGUUCGUUCCCCUUUCACGAAUGUUGAGAAUAAGGGCUUAGUGUAAAAGACAGCCAGUGAUAUGGAAAUUGUCAACAAACCAGUGGUACUCCACCAAGCAACUGACACUUCAAUAAACUCCGAAUGCAUCUGA